AUCGCAGAGCACCACCACCAUUCCACUGGCUCCUCUCCAGCGACGACGGCAAGGAAGGAACGCGAGAGCGGAGAGGAGCAGAAGCGGCAGCGAUGGGCGUGAUGGAGAAGCUCAAGAUCUUCGUGGUGAAGGAGCCUGUCGUCGCCGCCUCCUGCCUCAUCGCCGGAUUCGGUCUCUUCCUUCCAGCAGUUGUACGGCCAAUAUUGGAUUCUUGGGAGACUGCGGAAAAAGUUCCUCCACCUGCUCUAAAUGAUGUGGUUGCAGGUGUCACCGGCAAGAAAAAGGAGUGAACUUGCAUCUUUUCACUUCUCAAUGUGAUCCCACAUUUUCUUCCCCAUGUUUUGUGGCAUCCAGAUUGAAAGGCUCUGACAGCCUAGAACACUAGAUGGUUAGGGUAUCCCACAUUUUCUUUCAAGCACAGUGUGGAAAAAGCACAGUAUCCUGGUGAGAUCGGCGAAAUAACCAUUGUACCUCAACUCAGUUUUGAACAUACUGCAAUGUGACUGUUUUAGCUUUCA